GGAUACCAUAUGAUGGAGCGAAGCAAGCUUUGAAAAAAUGACCGCCAAAGAUCCACUAACUCGUAAUCCAGGUUCUCAUAUUGACGAUGUUGUCACUGUAUCUUCUACACUCUAUCGCCUUCACUGGCGGACAGGCAUACGAACUAUUUCGACAGCUUGUGCUGCCCAACUUGUGCCUUUCUAAGCUCUCAGCCCACAGUUGUUUUAUCAUGAGUUUUGUAGUCAUGAUGUGUUGGUACUCUUUCGCAACAUUGCAGUUAGCAAUGGUUGCUGAGCGAUGUGUGGCUUUAUGGAAGCGCAGCGAAUACGAAACGUUUGGGAUGAAGUUAGGCUCAAUUUCUGCAGUCACCUCGGUCGCAGCUAGUUCCGCUGCUACUCUCUGGACAAUACAGAGCGAAUUAUCGGUAGAGCUGAAACCGACAUGUUUUCCAUCCACAAAGUCUACCUUAGAGAGACUAUCUGUUGUAUGCUUAGUCAUUUGUGGCGUGAACGUUGGCACGCUAAUAGGACUUACAACAUUGUUCGUUGGCAACAAGGUCGCCCUUAGGAGCCCAGUCAAACGUUUUCACACAGUCAUGGCUUGUUCAACAAUUGAGAUGAGCGUGGGCUAUUCAUCUGUGGUAGGCAUACAAGUGCUCGCGGGUUUUCUCUCUGCUAUUAUUUCUGUGCACGUUGCUACGAAAUGCGGCCAUCUAUCCUUUCACAUUAACUGCAGGUUAGCAAUGGUUGCUGAGCGUUGUUUCGCAUUGUGGAAGUGCAGCAGCUACGAGGCAUAUGGUAUGCAGCUGGGCCUAAAAUUGGCAAUUAUCUCGGUCAUGAUCGCGCUUCCCGCUACUAUAUGGACUCUACAACACGAAAUUGGUUUGGAGCGAAAACCAUCUUGCUUUUCCACAACAAAAUCUACCACGGAAAGAAUUUCUAUUCUGUGCUCUAUACUUUGUGGCUUAAAUGUGACUACGUUAAUUGCCCUAGCUACGUUGUAUAUCUGUAAUAAGAAGGCCAUAAGAAGCAAACACUACGAUUUGCGUACGUCUUAUCAACUAAAUGAGAACUAUUCUGUUAUCAGAUUACUUUUACCCCUAACAAUAUUCCAAAACAUUUGCUACGCAUUUUUUGAUAUUUCUGGAGUAUUGCUUGCAUCGAUAUCUCCUAGAAUCGAUGCUUUGAUAUUCCGCAUUUUGUUUACUGCCAUCUAUAUGCCGCCUUACUAUACACUGAUAUCUCCAAUAAUGAUGUGGACGAUCAUAAAGUACUCCCAGCGUUUGAAAGUCGCUCGAUUGAUUCAAGUCACCAAGCAGGAGUGGCGAGGGAACGACGUCUACGCUUACACUAAAUUCUGGAAUUGAUUAUCGUUGA